UGUUUCUGUCUCAUUUCAGACUCGGGGCUUGGCUCCCCUGGAGACUCCAACGGCACCUGGCGCGAGCGGGCACCAACCGCAGCUGGAGGCGGAGGCGUUGAUUGAAAGUCAUUCUUAUUGGGACUGUUUUAAACUGCUUUUGUUAACACCCAUUCAACUUCUGCAACAAAGGGGACAUCUGUUCGAGAUUCAGCACUUCGCUCCACUGUGAAAAGGGAGGCCAGUUUAAAAUCCACUCAGGCUUUCCCCCACCCGUUCCCUAACCAAGGCAGAGGAAACCAGACUUUUAAAACCUUAUACUUCAAAGGGGAGCAGUUGACCUACCAUGUCUGGGAUCAAGAGAGUGAUUGAGGAGAAGGACCCGGACUAUGAGGAGAUUUCAGUCACACAACCAAAUAAACGUCACAAAGCAGUUGAACAGUCAGCUCGAGAUGCUGCUGUACAGAAGAUUGAGACAAUUAUUAAAGAGCAGUUUGCUGUUGAAAUGAAGAAUAAGGAACAUGAGAUUGAAGUCAUAGAUCAGCGCCUGACUGAGGCAAGAAGGAUGAUGGAUAAGCUUCGUGCUUGCAUUGUGGCUAAUUAUUAUGCUUCUCCUGGUCUCCUUAAAGUUGGAGAGGGAGCCACGACAUGUGACUUUAUGGUUUUUAAUCAUCCUUCAAUCAAGAAGUUCUUGGAAUCACCAUCAAGAUCAUCAUCUCCUGCUAAUCAUGGAUCAGAAACUCCAUCUGGUAACCAUUCAGAAAGUGACUCUUUAGCUCAGCACAAUGACUUCCUCCAGGACAAAGACAAUGGCAGUCUGGACAUGGAAGAGCGAUUGGCAAACAAUCUGGAUCAGAGACCAAGCAGAAAUACUGGACGGGAUGCUUCUGGUGUUACAAGCUCUCACAAAAUAGGCCAGCGAAAGGCUGGUCUGUUAAAUGAUGAGACUUCACGACUCUAUGUGAAGAAAACAAUCGUAGUCGGCAACGUCUCCAAGUAUAUUCCUCCUGACAAGAGAGAGGAGAAUGAUCAGUCAACUCAUAAAUGGAUGGUGUAUGUACGAGGCUCUCGGCGAGAACCCAGCAUAAAUCAUUUUGUCAAAAAAGUCUGGUUCUUCCUUCAUCCCAGUUACAAACCUAACGACCUGGUGGAGGUCAGAGAGCCUCCAUUUCAUCUGACCAGACGAGGCUGGGGAGAAUUUCCAGUGAGGGUUCAGAUUCACUUCAAGGACAGCCAGAACAAGAGGAUCGAUAUCAUACACAAUCUGAAGUUGGACAGAACUUAUACUGGCUUGCAGACUCUUGGUGCAGAAACAGUAGUGGAUGUUGAGCUUCAUCGACAUUCUCUUGGAGAAGAUUAUCUCUGUUCCCAGUCUUCUGAAUCUGACCUCUCUGAUAUCCCCACAUCUGUACCAUUACCACUAAGUAUAUCGGCGCCAGUGAAAGCUUCUUCACCAAUUAAACAGUUACUUGAGCCCAUUCUAGAUGCUUCUGUGGACAAAGGAUUCCCUGUGAAUGCUGAAACUGAAAGACAUACCACUUUUUAUUCCCUGCCAUCUUCAGUAGAACGGACUCCCACCAAAUUGGCAACACAGAAAGUAACCUUUGGCUCUCAUGGAAAUUCAGCUUUUCAGCCAAUUGCAGCUAGUUGCAAAAUAGUGCCUCAGGGUCAGAUCCCGAGCCCUGCAGAAUCUCCAGGAAAAUCCUUCCAGCCCAUCACCAUGAGCUGCAAGAUCGUAUCAGGUUCUCCAAUAUCAACCCCAAGCCCAUCUCCACUACCUCGUACCCCAACCUCCACUCCAGUGCACAUGAAGCUGGGGUCUGCUAGUUCAGUCAUUAAUAACCCAUACGUUAUUGUGGACAAACCUGGACAGAUGGUCGGAGCAGCAGUCACAUCCACAGGAAGCCCCACAAGCAAACUGACAAGUGUGUCUCAAGCCUCUCAUGGAGCCGGAUCUCCAGUCUCAAAGAUCCAUGGAAGCAGCUUGGUAACAUCAGCUGUCAAGCAAGAAGAUUCUUUAUUUGCAACUAUGCCACCCCUUUGUCCAAUUGGGAGUCAUUCUAAGGCGCAAAGCCCUAAAUCUGUCACAGGCGGACUUGGAGCUUUCACAAAGGUGAUAAUAAAGCAGGAGCCUGGAGAGCUGCCCCAGCAGCCACAGCUACCGGUGACUGGGACAACCUCACAGACCUCAGGGCACCAAUAUGUUGCUGUGAAGGGGGGUCACAUGAUAGCUUUGUCACCACAGAAGCAGAUCAUGAGCUCAGGAGAGGGGACCACGCAAUCGAAGGUCGUUGGGGUUCCUGCCGGUUCUACUUUACAGUCAACAGUGAAACAAGCUGUGGCUAUCAGUGGUGGUCAGAUACUUGUGGCAAAAUCCAGCUCUUCAGUAGCAAAAGCUGUUGGUCCAAAGCAGGUUGUAACCCAAGGAGUAGCAAAAGCCAUUGUGAGUGGAGGUGGUGGAACAAUUGUUGCCCAACCUGUGCAAACUUUAACAAAGGCUCAGGUGACUUCAGCAGGGGUUCAGAAAAGUGGAUCUCAAGGUUCAGUGAUGGCUACACUGCAGUUGCCAGCCACAAAUCUGGCAAACCUGGCAAAUUUACCACCUGGCACCAAACUGUACCUUACCACCAACAGCAAGAACCCUUCAGGAAAAGGAAAACUGCUUCUGAUACCUCAAGGAGCCAUACUGAGAGCCACAAACAAUGCUAAUCUCCAGUCAGGCUCUUCUACGAGUGGAGGAGGAGGAGGAGGAACAGGAGCAGCCCAAAGCACAAGUAGUGGCUUAUCCCAGCACCUCACCUACACAUCCUACAUCCUCAAGCAGACACCACAGGGCACAUUUUUAGUUGGUCAGCCAUCUCCCCAGAAUUCUGGAAAGCAGUUGACACCGGCAUCAGUUGUUCAGGGCAAUGUAGGAGUCGGAGCAUCUUCCACUCAAGGGCAGCAAACAUUAAAAGUAAUAACCGGACAGAAGACUGCUUUAUUUGCCCAGGCUGCUCCUAGUGGACAAACAUCACUGAUGAAAAUAUCAGAUGGUUCGUUGAAAUCAGUUCCAGCUUCCUCUCAGCUUUCCAAACCCGGCACCACUGUUCUAAGAGUAUCUGGAGGGGUGAUUACUGCGGCCACGACCCCAGCCAUGUCCCUCCCUGCAAAUGGAGUUGCACAGCAAGUAGAUGGGGCAGGUUCCAGUUCAUCUUCCAGUGUGGGUCCUGUGACAAAGCCCUCAGGGCAACAGCACCAAAUCUGUAUAAACCAGGGGCAGUCUGGUUCAUCAGGAGCAGGUAAAACUGCUUCCUCUACGGUUGUAAGUGUUGCUUCCUUGAUGACCACACCAACCCCUGUUUCUGGGAAAGCUGCUGUAUCAGGGUUGUUAAAGAUCCACUCAAACCAAUCUAGUUCCCAACAGGCUGUGCUGACGGUACCUAGCCAGCUCAAACAGCUCAGCGUAAAUACAGCAUCUGGAGGUGUCCAGACUAUAUUGAUGCCUGUGAACAAAGUGAUACAAUCUCUUUCUACCAGUAAAGUGUCUUCUUCCUCUGCUGUAACAGCAGCCAGUGCGGUUGUACCCAGCCCCUCCACAGCGUCCGCUACUAAAGUCAAGAUGGAGCCUGAUUCAGCCGGACAGAACUGCAACUCUCUGGUCUCUCAGGAUGGUCAAGGAGCAGUAAAAACAGAAGAGAGCUCAGAACUUGGAAAUUACGUUAUCAGCAUAGAACAUUUGGAGAAUGUCCAGCAACUUUUAACAGCGAUAGUGAAGAAAGUUCCAUUAAUUGCUGAGAAAAGUGAAGAUGUCAGUUCUUUCCGUGCCAGUUCAGUAGAACAAUAUUACAGCUGGAAUAUUGGAAAACGGAGGGCAGCUGAGUGGCAACGAGCAAUGACUGUGAGAAAAAUCCUACAAGAAAUCAUAGAAAAGCACCCCAAGUUUCACAACAUCAGCCCCCUGAAAACCAAGCAUGUGGUACAUUGGUGUCGAUGCCAUGGCUACACUCCGCCUGACCCUGAAGCUCUAAGGAACGAGGAAGAUUCAAUAGAAGAUGUGCUGACGCAAAUAGACAGUGAGCCAGAGUGCCCGUCGUCUUACACGAGUGGUGAAGAGCUCUGCCGAAAACUGGAGGAGCUGCAGCAGUUCUUGAAACAAGAACCAGAGAAUGAGGAGGAAGUGGAUAUCCUUGGCUGCACUGAGCCACUAAAAAUAAACAUUAAGAAGGAACAGGAAGAAAAACAAGAGGAGAUGAAGUUCUACUUAGCCUCCUUGCCUGGCUCAGAGUUUGUGAGAGACAUGGCACAGGAGAUAGGGAUUUCUUUUCAACCUGUUGAGCUGCACAAGAAUGUUUAUGCAUCAGUUAUAGAAGAUAUGGUUUUAAAGGCUACUGAACAACUUGUGAAUGAUAUCCUAAGGCAGGCGCUGGCUGUUGGGUAUCAGACUGCUCCUCACAACAGGAUUCCAAGAGAGAUCACAGUGAUGAAUAUUCACCAAGCCAUCUGCAAUAUUCCCUUUCUUGAUUUCCUCACAAACAAGCAUAUGAGGAUAUUAAAUGAGGAACAGUGAAAUAACCUGAAGACUGUAGCAACAAUGGAUUGAAGACUGAAGUAUUCAAUGACAAUUCCACUGUCUCUGUAGGACACUGUUACACAUUUUAGAAUGUUGGGCUACUAGAUCGUUACCUCCAAUUAAAGAUGCACCUUAAUGCAACAGAAUGAUGCUCUGUUCCAAAUCAAGUUAUUUAGGUUGCAGUGUUCACUCAGCAAGUGAACAAACAAACUUUGUCUGUUUGCAUUCAGUUGCUAGCUGAGGAAGAUGUGGUAGUUAAAUGGGCCUCAUCCAACUAAUGGCUGGAUAGCUUGCUGAAGUGAUGCAUUUUUUUAAAUGGGCGAGAUUCUUUGGUACAUCAGUUCCCUUUGAGGCAGUCCACAGACCAGUACCGGUUUUGCUGUGAACUCAGGAGUUAUGGGAGACCAAUUUGGUCGAGGCAAUGAGAAUACACAAAGUGAUAGGGGGUUUUGGAAGUCGGUUUGUUUGGAGGCUGAUGCUUAUGGUGAGUGACUUGUGCAGAUAUACUUGAAUGCCAUCAACACGGUGGUUCUUAUGUAGCAGGACCUACCAUAUACAGCCAACUAUAACAUCAUAAAGAUUUCCUUCCCUUAUGAGGGACUGAAAGAGAAUUUCAGACAUCUCCGUCAUAGUAUGUUGGGGGGUAUGGCCAAGUUGAAUAAUUAAAGUCAAAUUUAGAGACUCACUGAGCAUGUGACCUUUGAGCGGAAAGGGAAAGGAAGUGGGGUGUUUGGUUCAUUUCACAGAUUUCUGUCUAGAUUACUGGGCAUUAAUUGGCUGAGAUCCUUUGCUUGCAUAGCAAGUUUUGAUCUUGGCUGCUGGAAAUAGAGCCUUGCACAGAUAAAAAGUUUGUAUCUGCGUCAAAUCUGUAAAAAUGAUUGGUGGGUAUCCGUGGACUUGCAGAACUUUAGAUAAAAAAUUUAGAUCUGCAUCCAUUCAUAGUCUGCAAAAAUGGUUCACAGAUGUGGCUAUCAAGUGGAUCUCUGCAGAUUUGCCUGGUCUAGCUGGAAGAAUUGUGAUUACUGAGCUGGAGGCCAAGCCACUAGCUCUGUAACGUUUCUUUAAGCCUCUGGAAACCAUUGACUGAUAUUAAGCGCAUAUUGUGAGGAACUGACAAUAACAAAGUUUGGGUUUGAGCUCUGUGGAGCAGAAAGAUGUCCAGUGGGAUUGGGAAGAACACUGGUAUUUUGGGACAUGUGAGCGCCUGAUCCCAUGGCUGUGGUAGAAACUUCACUUCAAUUCUGCCACUUACAUGUCUUAGAUAUUGCCGUGUUCUUCUUGUGAAUCCACAUCUGAAGGGAACAACUGCAGCUUGUGAAUGCUACUGCAUGUAAGAAGGUCUGCCCUUGAGUUAUAACAUAUUCUUGGGUGUGUUUAUAAUAUUGCCAAACACGCUCUCAAGGUUGAGCUGUACAACAUUUGACUAUUACUGCAUCAGGCUUUCGAAGUCCUUGUCUUUUGGGGGCAGUGCCAUGUGAUAGGUUGAAUGAGGGCCUAAAACCCAGGGGACUCUGAAUUCUGGUUCUGUUUAAAUCACUGACUUGCUGCCUGGCUUGGAGGAAGUUGCGUCUGUGCCUCAGUUUCUGUACCUCCUUAGCUCAGGGGGUGCUGAGGCCUAAUUAAUAUUCGUGAAGCACUUUCAAAACACAAAGCAUAGUAGAAGUGCUGUACACUCUGCUCCCCAACACAAUAAGAGUGUAUUUCAAAACUAGUACUUGAGAGUGUGUUUUCACUAGAAAAUGAAUACAUUUGAUGGCAGGAGCUCUAAAGCUAAACACAACUAUGGAGAGUGGUUCAGCUGAAAAGUGGUUUCAGGCUUUUAAAGAGCAGUUACAUGCCAGAGUGAAUAAAAUUCAAUUUAAACUAUAGACCUUUGACACUGUCCUUCUAGGGCCAGAUUCAUCCAUUGGUGCCCUCCUUAGUCAGCAGAUACCGCACUCCCAGCCUGCUCAUUUCAAUGGGGGUACUACUUAGCUUGGCCCUGAAAACGGGGCUGAUGGGAUGGAAUUUGAGUCGGGCUCCGAGAUGAAGAGCUUGAUGACAGUGGAAUGGGCGUUUAAAACUCUCUGGGGUCCUGCUGUGGAAUUUUUGCUCAUGCUGGUGGUCAGCCAGCAAGAUCACGGGCAUGAGCGAGUACUUGCAGGCUUGAGGAAGAGCUGUGCACUCAGCCCUUGGUCUAGCUUUUAAACUGACAGGAGUCUGAAGUACUUCAGCUGCAGCAACUCUCGCUAGAGCAUAGUGACUAGGCCAGCUCUGAGUGUGGAGAGGAAUUGGUUCAGUUUAGGAACAUCAAGCCCUGUCUUAGCUUCCCAAAGUGCUUUCGGGGCCUGGCAGCCUCUUAUCCUUGAUGUUUUGUUUACAGGCAUAGGGGAUCAACCCUCCUUCACCUAGAUGCACUUGUAGGCAAUUUG